CAUGAUCAUCUUUCAGUGCGUCACAGUUUUUCGAUUUCUUUCUAACGUAUUAAAUUGUAUAUGACAGAAAAAAAGGCACGUCGUUGAUUACUUUGGUAAUUAUUCUAGUUCGGUGAUUAUUCUAGUUGUCGAUAGAUGGCGCCAUAAUAAAAAAAUAUUUUUUUUUAAUUAGAUAAUAAUAUUACAAAUAUAAUCUGUAUAAUUUAUAAGACUAUACAAAUCAAAGAAAAUACCAUUUUAUAAAUGCAAGAAACGCAUUUGAUUUGUUUUUAUUCCAAAUUAAAAAUAAAAUGUGACAACUGUCAGAUGUAACUAAAAUGUCAUGUUAGAAUAAAUGUCAUAAAUGUGUAUUAUCAUGGACUUACCCUUUUUCCUAUCAUUUUUGUUACGCACUGAAAAAUGAUCAUGAAAAGGACAAUAUAAACAUUUUGAACAUGUAUUACAUAACUGAUAAUUUUUUACUUAUAAUUAUAAACUUACCGAAAACUGAAUCAGAAUUUGUUAGCUAUGGAAGGUAAAGUUAAAAUUAAGAAAGAAGCUGAAGAGUAUGACCAAAAUGAUAUAGAGCUAUGGACAUCAGUAGUAGAUCUGGAAGAUUUGAAAAAUGAACCAGGGGAAGAUUACCCAGAUUAUAAACUGAAUGAGAAUUUGUUAGCUGUGGAAGGUAAAGUUGAAAUUAAGAAAGAAGCUGAAGAGUAUGACCAAAAAGAUAUAGAAGAGCUAUCCACAUCAGUAGAUCUAGAAGAUUUAAAAAGUGAACUAAGGGAAGAUUACCCAGAUUGUCUUCAGGAGGAGAAUACAAUGAAAAUUUUGAAAAUAGCUGAAAAUUCAUCUCUCAAAGAAAAAUAUAGCAGUAGAAAUACUGAAGAAUUAAAUAUAAGUAUGAAACUUGAGACUGGCGAAAAACCCUACAUGUGUCAAAUUUGUUUAAAGCAGUUUUCCGGAAGUUUAAAAAGACAUUUGAAAUCCCAUGAAGAAAAACCUUACAAGUGCGAAAUUUGUUUUAAGCAAUUUGCUCACAAAAAUUCUUUGUCUAUACAUAGAAAAGUUCACACUGGGGAAAAACCUUAUAAAUGUGAAAUUUGUUUUAAACAGUUUACUCGAGGACAAAAUUUGAAAAUUCAUUUGAGAUUUCACACUGGGGAAAAACCUUACAAGUGUGAAAUUUGCUUUAAACAGUUUUCUCAGCUAGGAACUAUGAAACGACAUAUGAGAUUUCACACUGGGGAAAAACCUUACAAGUGUGAAAUUUGCUUUAAACAGUUUUCUCAACUAGGAACUAUGAAACAACAUAUGAGAGUUCACACUGGGGAAAAACCUUACAAGUGUAAAAUUUGCUUUAAACAGUUUUCUCAACUAGGAACUAUGAAACAACAUAUGAGAUUUCACACUGAGGAAAAACCUUACAAGUGUGAAAUUUGCUUUAAACAGUUUUCUCAACUAGGAACUAUGAAACAACAUAUGAGAUUUCACACUGGGGAGAAACCUUACAAGUGUGAAAUGUGUUUUAAUCAAUUUGCUUACAAAAAAUCUUUGGAUAAUCAUAGAGAAGUUCACACUGGGGAAAAACCUUACAAGUGUGAAAUUUGUUUUAAGCAGUUUACUCGAGGAGGAAGUUUGAAAAUACAUUUGAGAGUGCACACGGAAGAAAAGCCUUAUAAGUGCGAAAUUUGUUUUAAGCAGUUUGUUCACAAAAUUACUUUGAAUAUACAUAAAAAAGUUCACACUGGGGAAAAACCUUACAAGUGUGAAAUUUGUUUUAAGCAGUUUACUCAAAAAAGUUCUUUGAAUAGACAUAGGAGAGUCCACACAGGGGAAAAACUUUACAAGUGUGAAAUUUGUUUUAAACAGUUUUCUCAAAUAGGACAUAUGAAACAACGUGUGAGAUUGCACACUGGAGAAAAGCCUUACAAGUGUGAGAUCUGUUUUAAACUGUUUACUCGAAUGUAUCAUUUGAAAGAUCAUUUAAGGAUACAUACUGGAGAAAAACCUUACAAGUGUGAAGUUUGUUUAAGACAAUUUGCUCACAAAUCAUCUUUGGAUGUACAUACGAAAGUUCACACUAGGAAAAAAUCUUAAAGUGAAAAGUUUGUUUUAAACAAUAUUCUCGAAAAAGUAAUUUGUAAAGACAUUUGAUAGUACCCACCGUCAGUGUCCAAAUUGUUUUGAUCAGUUCCUGAAGUAGGUCAUUUGAAAAAAAAAACAUUUUACUGAGGACUGACACACAUGGAAAUUUAAGUUUAUUUAUGAUUUUAUAUUAGUAUAGCGCGUCUCACGUUUCUCGUGUAAUAAAAUAAGUUAAAUGGGAAAAUAGCACAGUCACAGAAUAACUAACCACGCAGAAGUGAAUCUGACUGUAUGUCGUUUCCAUUGAUUUUGUUGGGACCGAAAUAUUUGACCUUGUGCACCACUUAUAGAAUAGAACUUAAUGUUCUAAGAUUCUAAGGAACAUUCCAUUCCAAGUAAUGUAAUAUUUUUGACAAGUUGUGAUUAAUUAAAUAUGAAAUAUAAAACUUAACUAUAAAAUAUAAACAAAAUAUUAAAUAAAACAUAUAUAAAUAUAAAAUUUAACUGUAAACAACUGUCGCUGUCAGUCGCAUAAGUGAGGUUGCACCACUUACGUGACGCAUGAGCAUGAAAAUUAUGUUACCGUUUUCGGCCUGAGUUUCGCUUCUGUGUGGUUAGUUAUUCUGUGGCACAGUGUUGCUUGAUCUAACUAAAACUAAUCACUUAUACUCACUUCUGUCACUUAUACAGUCCGUCCAAUAUAGUUACCGUUGCACGUCAUCCGCGUCAUAGCCCGUGACGUCACAUGAUACAAACACGAAAUAUUUAGGCGGUAGGUCUGUUCCUUGUUAGAUUCAUUUAGCCGAGUACACGGGAAUUAAAGCCACUUGACAUAUUUUAUUAUAUAAAUAUAGUCUAUUAUAAAUUAUAGAAUAGAAAUAAUAUUGUAAGAUUUCUAUUAAUGUACAUUUAAAGAAACAUACCCUAACUUGUUUCAUGUAAUUUGUAUAAGUGGAAUAUAAAACGUUUUUAUAAAGCACACUUGUUCGGAUUACACUCUAACUGCGAUCGAACAAAGGUGACAUUUUGGCAUAAAUUGGUAACAUUUAUUUGACAGUUGCGGGGAUCACACUUCAUAUUUGUUUUUAUUCUUUACUAUACGCUCUGAGCUUCGCUGGUGGCGCUCCUAGCGGAUUACUGGAAUUAUCUUUCACCGGUAAUUUUUAAAUUUAUUAUUUAAUUGUUAUCGCUUAACAUUUACAACGCAAAAAAUUAAUCAAAUUGUAAUCGAUUUUUUUAAGAUUUUGCUAAUCAUUUUGACGUUCUAUUGAUAAAAUAUGAAUUUCUUACUUCGGAUACUUUCACAAUUAUCGUGUAGAUGGCGCUAAGAUUUUUAGAUUAAAUUAUAAUUACAUAUUACGGAACAUUAAAAAAACUUAAAUUCAGUAUUUAAAACGUAAGUAUAU